AGGAUGUCAGAUAACUAGUUAAACCUGCCGUGUGUCUUACUACGUGGUGUAACCAGGGUAACACGUGGUAUAGCACGUGUUACAGCACGUGGUGUGAGAGCAGGCAGGGUUAACAGUGUCAGGAUGGUGGCUACUAUAGAUCUGGUGUUCCUUGGAACUGGUUCCUGUUACCCUUCUCCGAGUAGAGGCGCUUCUUCUACUAUUCUCAGGCUAGACGGAGAAUGCUGGAUGUUUGACUGUGGUGAGGGUACACAGAUCCAAUACCAGAGAAGUAAUGUUAAACCUGGCAAACUGACCCGUAUCUUCAUUACACAUCUUCACGGGGAUCACCUGUUUGGGCUACCUGGUCUCAUGUGUCUCAUACAAGGCACAGUAACAGGGUCAGCUACAGCACCUGAACCACUUCACUUGUACGGUCCUGUUGGGUUAGCUCGCUACAUACGCACCAGUCUUAUUCUAUCAGGUACGGAGUUCACAAGACCGUACACGGUACACGAGAUAGAUAUCGAGAACACGGGAUAUGAUCCAACAGAGGAUACAAAUAUAAAACAUGUGAACGAGACUCCAGGCCGUGUUAUCAACCUGAGGAACAAUGCAUUCUCGCUGUUUGAGACUCCUAAGUAUAAAGUUGAGGCAGGAAUAUUGUCCCACAGACUUCCUUGUGUUGGUUUUGUGAUAACAGAAGCUCCUUCAGUGGGCAGUCUGAACACAGUGCUACUGAAGGAGUUAGGAGUCCCCCCUGGCCCAAUGUACGGUAAACUAAAGUCAGGUCACUCAAUCACAGGACCCUCUGGACACCUGAUCACACCUAAUAUGGUACUGGGACAGAACAAACGGGGCCGCAAAAUAGUGAUACUGGGAGACACGUGUGACAACAGUAAGAUAGAACACAUAGCACGUGAUCCUGAUGUUGUGGUACACGAGGCUACCCACCAGGAUGAACUGGUGGAUAAAGCUAUUGAGUGUGGUCACUCCACUCCUAGUAUGGCUGCGGACUUCUGUAAAAAGAUUCGUGCACAGUCUCUGGUCCUGACACACUUUUCUCAACGGUAUAAAGAUAACCCUGAAGAUUGUAAGAGUGACGAUGAUGUGUGUACGAGCUACCUGGCAGAACAAGCUAGGAGGGAUGGUAUGGAGGUAGUGGCUGCUCACGACUUCUCUCCUUCAACAUUGUCAGAUAGCUCCUCUUUCUAGGGGCCGUGGGGUGAGGAUGAGAUAUUUGUUGUAAUAUGGUAACAGGUGACUUGUGUCUGGGAAGUGGGAAUG